UGGAGGUUCAGGUGGGGCCGAGGCCUUUGUGGGGGUAAGGUUACAGGACUUCGGCUGGACCGUGCCUGCUUCAAACUCUGAAUCCGACAGUGCUCUGACAGACAGACAGAGGACAGAAGGGUAGAGUAACACGGAAGAGGAAGGAAACAGAAUGGGAUUUGUUAAGAAGUGAAAGAAACUUAAAGAAGAGAACAAAGGAGAAUAGAGUGUUAAAGAAAGAAGGAAAAUAAGGUGCUGUGCUGAUACUGACCACCCACUGACCACCUAUCAGUUCUUCCCUCUACAAAAGCUCAGUAAUUUGCCAACGUGUCUGUCUGUCUCUUCAGUCUGUCAGUCAGUCAGUACUCAAUCUAGUAAGCAAGUAAAUAACAGGAAGUUAAUCUGGAAGGAAACACAAGAUCUGAUAAAAUCUGAUAUCUGCAGGCCUGACAGAGCAUCAGUCUGCCUUUUUACUGAAUAUCAGCCUGUGAUUUAGGGAUCACUGUUACAAGAAAUUCAUACAGAUAACCACUUCCAAGCUUCCAAGCUUCCAAGCUUCAUUAUGGCUCCCAAGAAGAAAUCUCCUCGCCCUAAGAAGGCAACUCCAGAGCCAGUGCAGGUGAACAAUGAGGUGGUGGUGCCUGAGCCAGGAGUUAAGAAACUAGAAUUACCUCUAAAUGUUGAACAAAUGAAUCGUCUCAAUGGGAUUCCUCUGCCACCCCCGGUGAUCCGACCCGGAGAGAGGGGCUUCGGGCUGGGGGGUGAGAUGACUCGGCCCCUGCACGGAUCGGCUCUUCUGGAGGAGCUGAGCCGCAUGAGGCAGGAGCGAUUUCUUACAGACCUGGAGCUCGCCUGCAAGACCAAGGCCUUUGACGUCCACAAGCUGGUCAUGUCAUCUGUCAGCCAGUACCUGAGAGAAGUCCUGGCCAAGGAUCCGGGCCUCAAGCGCCUUGAGCUGCCUACACUGUCACCCCUAGGUCUUGCCAAUGUGAUCACCUUUGCCUAUCUGGGCCGUGUGCACAUGUCCCUGUACACUAUUGGCUGUACGGUUUCUGCAGCCAGCACCCUGCAGAUCCCUCACCUCCUGCAGAUGUGCAUGGACUUCCUGAUGGCGGAACUGAACGUGCACACCUGCGUGUACGUGUGGAACAUCGGCACAGCCUUUGGUCUGGACCCGGUGCGGGAUGCUGCCCGCCGCUUUGUGCUGGAGAACUUCUCCCAGUUCUCAGAAACACCUCAGUUCACUCAGCUCACACUGGAGCAGAUCAUUGCCUUCCUGCAGGAUGACAACCUUAUGCUCUCCUCUGAGGUCACCACUUUCCAGGUGGCCAUGAAGUGGCUGGACUUUGACCCAAACAGAGCGGCUCACGCUUCUGAGCUGCUGUCCCAUGUGCGCUUUGAGACCAUUCCAGCCAGUGAGCUGGUCAGUGAGAUCCAGCCUGCUGCUCGCAUGAUGCUGGACCCUCAAUGUCACCGUCUACUGGUGGAUGCCAUGAACUAUCAUUUGCUGCCAUACCAACAGAACACUCUGCAGUCCCGCCGCACCAAGGUCCGAGGCAGCCAGACCACCCUGCUAACCAUUGGGGGGCGCCCCUCCCUGACUGAGCGUGCGCUGAGCAGAGAGGUGCUGUGGAGAGAUCCUCGUGAGGGAGCUGCCACAUGGCGCCAUCUUUCCCAGCUUCCUGCCAAGAGUUUCAACCAGUGUGUUGCUGUAAUGGAUGGAUUUCUAUAUGUUGCAGGAGGAGAAGAUCAAAAUGACGCCAGAAACCAGGCCAAACAUGCUGUCAGCACCCUCUGCAGAUAUGACCCCCGCUUCAACACCUGGCUGCACCUGUGCAGCAUGCGCCAGCGCCGCACUCACUUCAGCCUGGUGGCUACUGGAGGUCGCCUGCUUGCCAUCGGCGGCCGUAACACUGAUGGGCUGUUGGCCACCAUUGAGAGCUACCUUCCAUCAACCAACAGCUGGCAGCUCCGAGCCCCAAUGGAGAUGCCACGCUGCUGUCAUGCCAGUGCUGUGCUGCCUUCUGGAGACGUCCUGGUGACCGGUGGCUACAUCAACUGCGCCUACUCCCGCUCUGUGGCCCGCUACAGCCUGGAGAGCGACAGCUGGAGUGAGCAGGCACAGCUGGAGAUGCCCCGUGGCUGGCACUGCUCAGCCACUCUAGGUGGUAAAGUGUACGUAGUGGGCGGCAGCCAGCUGGGCCCAGCUGGAGAGCGUGUAGAUGUGCUAACCACUGAGGUGUUCUGCCCUGAGAGUGGUCAGUGGAGCAGGGCUGCCUCCCUGCCCCUGGGAGUAAGCACUGCCGGCCUGUCCCCGCUGGGCAACCACCUGUACCUCCUGGGAGGCUGGAAUGAAGCUCAAAAGCGCUACAAGUCAGCAGUCCAGCGCUACGACCCGGGCACUGACACCUGGGCCUUAGCUGAAGACCUGCCUGAGCCCACAGUGGGCGUAUCCUGUUGUGCCCUGGCUCUGCCCCCACGCCACGCCACACGCAGACACCGCAACACCCCCAGCCAUGAGGAGCAAAGCAGCAUUACUGCAUGAUGGAGGAAGGAAGGAAUAGAGGAGAGAAGAGAAUGAGGAAGAUUUUGAUUAGUAGAUGAAAAGAAGAUGAGAGAGCAAUAGAUAGACGUAGACGGAGAGGACACUACUAGUCAGAUGAGAAGGUUAACACAGAAAGAGAAGUAGAGGGUGGGACAGAACAGGUAUCAGCUCCUUUGCUAGGACAUAAAACAUCUUUAUCUGCAUCCUUAUGCAUCAAGGUAUUAAGGGAGUUCAGUGUUACAGGGCCCAUUUAUUAACAAUGUGAAAAAUGCCAGGGAUGCACGCGCUGUGCCCGUGCUGUGCGUGCUUUCAGGUGAAUGUAUGGGAGGUGAAGAGGUGUGUGUGUGUGUGCAUGAGCGAGCGAGAGCCAGCAUGCCUGUGCCUAGGUGCUUGUGUGUCUAUGUGUGUUUGAAUGCCUGUUAGAAUGAAUGAGUUUUAGAAAUUGAGCCAUGCAGUUCUUUGCAAAAUAUCACCUUGGAAAUCGCGCAUACAUAAAUAAAGGGUAAUGUAAUAUGAUAAUAGGUAAUACACGUUAUAUUUAUUACACUACAUUAUAUAAUAUAUAUACAUAUUUAUUGAGUGCAAUGUAUUUAUCAAGGGAUAUUUAACAAAGUAGUUUAGCUCAACAUCUCAAAACAAGAUAAAAUAAAUAAUACCAAACUCAGAGGUUUAUAUAAAACUACAACACCAAUGGCAUGAUAUUUAGAGUUGGCUGUCACCUAACAGAGUCACCUAACACCUUUGAAAUCACCACUUAGCAGCGAUAUCUCGGUGUAAUAAUGAGGGUAAGUCAUAGAGGGUGAGGUUCUGUUUUAAAAUUGUGGCCAACUGAUAGAGACCCUUAUUCACCAUCUAACCCAACAUCAAGAGGAUGAACAAUAAAAAAGCACACAAAUAUAUAAACAUAUAACACCCUUCAUAACCAGAACCUAUAUCCAUGUGGUGGUGGGUUACCCUCUGCCAACUUCAUGCCUUUGCUCAAGUGAAACCAAUUUCCAUGCAAAAAUAUUCCUAAGAGAGCUAGUGAACAUCCUAGAGAUAUAGUAAGCUGUUCCAGACAGAGAGUGAAAUCUGAAAUGUAAAACACUGUAAAUGUUGACACUAAAAAGAUGAAAAUUGGCUGAUGAAGAUGGUUUUUUUCAAAUGUGAUAUUCCCUAUGUAAAGUAAAUAAAUGGUCACCAGCUGAGAAUAAGAUACAGUGAAUGUUAUAGGAGUUACGAGUUGAAUGGCGAGAGAUAUGUAGGUGUAACAAAAGGAAGAUGAUGCAAAGAACAUCUGGUCUCUAGGAUUUCACUGAAUAAAGCCAAACUGAUCAAUA